GUCUAUAUAUACGAACGUGUACACGAUCUUGCAAUCCAAAUCAACCACAACCACCCACCGUCCCACCCCAUCCCAAGCGCUUCUUUCAAAAAGGAAGAGCAGAGAAAGAAACAAGCCAGAAAGCCUCGAGUAAGGUGAGCCAUGGCCUCAGCAACGUUCAUAGAGGUGAUCCUCGCCAUCAUCCUGCCUCCAGUAGGCGUCUUCCUGCGCUACGGCCUCGCCGUGGAGUUCUGGAUCUGUCUCUUGCUGACCCUACUGGGGUACAUACCGGGGAUCAUCUACGCGGUGUACGUGCUGGUGGCUUAAGCAGGAGCCUGCUGCAGGUCCAGCCUUGGACGCGCCAGCGGCUGUGCAAGAGCUAACAGAUGCUUUGUUCAGAGAGCAUGUGUUGAUCAGUUCGUGCUUGUCUAUGUAUGUAUUGAUUGAGUAUUGUGGAUUUUUGUUUGUUUGGAACUCGGUAUUGUUGACAUGUGAUGAGUGUGCUUGUGAUCUUAAAUUUAAAGUAUUGGACGUCGAAA